AUGGCAUAUAAUGAGAAGGCAAAUGAGGCUCUGACGGAUGCCUUAAAGAGAGCUCAGCAGAAAAAUGCCCACAGCCAAGGGCGGUACUUGUCGUUCGACAUACAGAAUGCUAGUAGGCGUAACGUGUCUGAUGACGACUUGGUAGAAUACUGCAAUAUGUGGUAUAAUAAAGAAAGGGAUAAGUUCGAGGAUGGCUGGAGACCGGAGAUAGGCACUCCCACUGAUACGGGGGGGUAUGGUAGCUGGCAGCCGGAUCGGUCGGGCAUAAUGCUCCUUAGCAGUACCAACAGUGGUAGCUAUGGUAUCAAGAUACAAGGCAGAGUGGAGAGCGUGAGGGCCAUGGGCGUCAUCGGGGCAGGCUUCGCGUUGCAGAUACCGGCCCAGGUCGCCAUGGUAUGUCCGGCUGCAAGUAUGUGGUGGGACUGGCUCGAAAAGCUAGGCCUGAUCCGCGAUAGACCUCCUGCUACUCGAGUCAAGAGAGAGCCUAUCGAGAAAGGGAAAAAUUCCAAGUACCGAGGGUAUUACCAGGACGAUACAGCUAUCACGUCGAUAGCUGUGAAGAACUAUACCCAGGCCUUGUGGACGGAGCGAUGUCGGGCUCAGGUGGAGUAUGCUAGGAAGGACAUGGAAAUACGACGACCUGAUUGGAAAGACGUUGAGGGCCAAGAAGCACAGCAACAGUACGAAGUGAUGUUCGAGAAGAUCCGCCAGUCUUAUCGAGGGGAGUCCUACAUCCGAGCCGAGCUAGACUUUGGUCUCCAUAUCACCACAGGGAAUGUGCUCUGGUACUGCACGCAAAUUUGGCCGGAUGCCGUUCUGGACAGGCUGGGUACGAGGUGGCGGCCUAGGUUCUGCGCAGUGGCUCGGAGGAAUUACCACGACUCUCGAUAUCAAGGGGAUAAAGGAGGAGUUUACAUAGCUGAUGAGACUCAUAAGGCGGUGGCGUGUAUCGGCUCUCCGGCGCUGUGCCGAGCAGUGAUGCCGAUCCUGGCUGCCAUUGCGGCUGGUAUACCCAAUGCCCGUAUGGUGGCUCAGAACGCUCCCCAGUUUGAUAUAUUUUGGGAGUAUGUUGGGUGGAAUAAAAAUAUGCCGCCACCAGAGGCACCCAAUGGUAAGCCUGGUGACAGUGGGAAGUGGAGGGACUCUCGAGCCUAUGAUGAUGAGAAUAAUAGAGACGACACUUUCAUGGCCCAGCUGUUCAAGCAAGAGAACGAUGCCUUGUUGGAGCUGCAGUGGUACAACGCUGGGGAAUAUCACAGGACUAAUGGCAUGUGGUGUGGGGGGGAGUGCAUCCCGGGGGUAUCGUGGAGUCGGGAUGACUUUGUCGAUAACCUCAUGUUGUGGUGGGGGGAUGCUGUCGUUGAGGAGGUUGGCAAGUUCCGGUACCGACCAAAUUUUAUGGAUAAGGGAGGGCUGGUGUUGGACAUAGGAGGCGCAUGGACCUCAGUUCAGUCCAAGGAGAUUUGGGCUCAGUCGAUGAUGUGCAUGCUGAGCUCUAUAAUGUGCGGUAUACCAGGAGAGAUCGCUGCGUUGCUGCCGGCCAGUGAUCCCUUCUGGGACUUCAUCGUGGAUAAGGAAGGCCCAGAGUUACCGUCAUCGGAAGGCACCUCGGAAUCUAGUCGGCCACGUGGAGGAGUAUUGGAGAACGAGGCUCCAGGGGGUCCCCAGCGUGGUCAGGAGGGGCCGGGAAGGGCGUCGACCAUCGUGGAGGAGAUGAAGUCUUCUAAGAAGAAGUCCAAGGAUACUACAGAGAAGCCUGGUACGCCUAUGCGGCCCCCGGUGGUGGUGGCCACGUCACGGUCUCCGGAGGCAGCUGCUUACCCUUCUAGUAUCUGUACGGAUUCCACAGCACCUUCAGCCAGUGAAGGGCGAGAUGUGAGGGAGUAUAGUGGCGUUGUGACAGCUGCUAUAGACUACGACCACGCUGAAGAGGGAGUUGCCCGGAUGAGACGGGGAGAGCGAUUCCAUUGCAAACGGCAGACGAAGAACCUUUUCCUCGGCUAUAAGGAGGGCUCGAAGGAGCUGCUGUGGCUUCCCAAAUUCGUGGUUACUGGUGACCUUACGACGCUGAGGAGAGAGUAG